AUGCGCUCAUCAAGAAUUAUUGCACUGGCCUCUUGGAGUGCCGGGGUUUGGGGGUUUGAGAACAAGUUUUUGUUUCCAACAGACAAGGACUUGACCUUUCACUACAAGAAUACGAUCGAGGUCCAAUACCAGUCCAACUUUGCCAGCCCCACAUUAUAUACCUAUUGUAAAGUGAACGGAAAGUCAAAAGAAGAGAACAAGGUUACUGCGCCAAAGUAUAAUGCCACCGUAUCGGUCACCCUUAAUUGGGACGAUGAAGCUAGCGAAUGCUGGUUCAACCUCAUGCCAGCCGACUCGAAAAAGACGGGCUUCAACAGUCCUAAUUCGUGGUCUUAUGAAGUGGGAAAGGCCAAUACUACCACAGUCAAAGCCGACGACGACACUACAAAGCCUUCCACAAAACCUUCCACGUCGUCAUCAACAACGACAUCAGCAUCAUCUACGGCAACAUCGACUGCAACUCCCACCACGGCCGACGCCGCCAAUGCACAAGUGACAACAAGCAGCCAGCCGUCUGCCACACCGUCGUCCGAGCCGCUAGACGAUGACCCAAAGUCAAAGGGGAUCAAGGUCGGCAUCGCCGUCGGUGCGGCGUUUGGCGGUCUUCUCGUCAUGACCAUAAUCGGCAUGCUGGCGGCGCGCUUCCUCAGGAGGGACAGACCGCUCAAGAGUUACAAGUCCAUGGCCGCGUCGGCGUCGGAAAUGGGUCUGGUGGCCGGAGGACCUCACAAGCCGGCAGCCUCGGUGUCUUAUAAUCCCGUCUCGCAGUUUGAGCCGUCGGGAGCACCUGCUUCUGCUCCUUAUGAUCCUCAUCGUCACUAG